AUGUCUGAUGACCAGCACAGGAAACGGUUAACCUUGCGCAGCAAUCGUGGAACCCAGCCGGCGAAGUGCCCCAUUCUGGAGAUCCAUUUUGCGCAGCACAGCGAUAGUGGAAAUUCAGGUGACAGGCACAUAAAGAAAUUCUGGGGAUUCAUCCAUGGCUGCAUUUGGACGGAUGAGCCCGAGCUGCCGCGGUGUACAGGCAAAGAGAAUCUUACCAGCUUCGAAUUUUCCGAGAACACGUAUCUCUCUCCAACAUGGGGUUACAGCAUAUACAAUGCAGUAUACGCCGUGGCUCACGCUCUACAUGCCGCAGUCUCACGUCAUCCUCUGGGCAACGUAGGGGGCUCCCAAUCAUGGCAGCUCCUCCCUUUCUUGACCAACAUGAACUUCACAAACCCCGCUGGAGAGGAGCUGUUCUUCGAUAAGAACGGGGACUUGGCAGCAGGAUAUGACAUUCUGAAAGUGAUCUUUUCGUCCGAUAAAACCCUGUCUCGGGUCCCUGUUGGAUCUUUUCGCCCUCAAGCUGCUUCGGGACGCAAGCUCAUCAUUAACGAGAGCGCACUCCAGUGGGCCAGCAGCUUCAAACAGCUUCCCUAUUCCGUGUGCAGCAAAAAAUGCCUUCCUGGAUAUCGAAAGAAAGUCCGCAGAGGGGAGCCAACCUGCUGCUUUGACUGUGUGCCCUGCACGGCUGGACACGUUUCCAACCAAAGUGACAUGGAAAAUUGUUUGCAAUGUCCGGAAGACCAGUAUGCAAAUGAGAAAAGGGACCAAUGCCUCCCCAAAACCAUCACAUUCCUGGCCUAUGACGACCCACUGGGGCUAACCUUGGCAUCUCUGGCAAUCUCCUUCUCCCUCCUCACCGCUUGCGUACUGGUGGCAUUUGUCCAGUAUCGCAACAGCCCCAUCGUCAGAGCCAACAACCGCCAUCUCAGCUACGUUCUCCUCAUCUCGCUCCUCGUCUGUUUUCUUUCCUCUUUGAUAUUCAUUGGCCACCCUAGGAAAGGGACCUGCCUGCUACGGCAGACAAUCUUUCAGGUUGCUUUUGCUGUGUCCAUCUCUUCCGUCUUGGCCAAAACCAUAACUGUUGUCUUGGCCUUCAAGGGCCCUGAGAUGGGCCACAGACUGAGGACCUGCUUGAGAAAUGGGAUCUCUAAUACUGUUGUCUUUCUCGGGGCCCUCAUUCAAGUCCUUCUUUGCUCUGUCUGGCUGGGAAUGUUACCACAGAGAACAUCUCCUCCUUUCCCUCAGAAUAACACCCAAGCAGAAGUCAGGCACAUCGUGGUUCAGUGUAAUGAAGGAUCCGUAGGUAUCUUCUUCGGCACACUGGGCUACCUGGGUUUUUUGGCCGCCAUCAGCUUCACAGUUGCCUUCUUGGCCAAGAGGUUGCCGGACUCUUUCAACGAAGCCAAACACAUCUCUUUCAGUAUGGUCGUUUUUUGUUGCGUCUGGAUCUCCUUCAUCCCUGCGUACCUCAGCUCUCAAGGGAAGACUGCCGUUGCCAUAGAGAUCUUCUCCAUUUUGGCUUCCAGUGCUGGGAUUCUGGCCUGUAUCUUUACCCCAAAAGUUUUCAUUAUUUUUGUGAGGCCAGACAGGAACAGCAAGGAAUUUCUGACCAGGAAAUGA